ACAUUGUACUUACAUAGCAUUUGCCUCCCCUGCUGACCGUCAACGUUAACAGAAUCGCUUUUCCUCACAGUUGUCAGGCUCCCUAUUCAUUCAUUUUCGGGACAACCGAGAGGAACAGAGACGCUGUUAACGGACAGCAGAUGUUGCUUCACGCUACGAAAACACAAUGGAGUAGCCUCCAGAAAAUAAUUUAUGUUAUGUCGAAGUGAAACAUCUCUUUAAUCGGCUAACUUGAUGUGGUUAGCAAGCUAGCUAUUUAGCUUUCUGGUGAACCAGAGCUAACGUUAUACGUACCUUCAUAACCGAAUAUAAACUUCUAAAAAAAGAAUUUAUAGCCCUUGUCUAGUUUAGACCGCUUAACGUUCACUGGCAAUGCUUCGACAACGCGGAUAACAUCGGACAGUGAACUUUGGCAGAGCUAUUAGGGACUGUGAGAACACACGUCGCUGUUUAGGCUCAAUUUUUUACCGUCAGAAAUGGACUUGCGUCCGUAGCAACGGUAACCGGAAACAAGGUAUCCCUACAUCCGGUUUUGGUCGCCAUCUUGUGAAAUAGGCCUAUAAGCGGAAUGUUGAUGUGGUUCAAGUGAAUCUCAAGAACAGGAGCUGACAGGAGUGACUUUCUCAUUAACGCGUUAUUUUAAAAUAACACUAAAUACAUUUCAGGGUUUAUCAGACUCGCUAACAAGCUAACUUAACCAGUGUUAGCUAACAUAGUUAACCUCCAGGACCAUGUCUGCAUAUUGAGACAAACGUUGAAAGUUAUCCUGCGCAGUAUUUACUUCUGCUAUUGUUAGCUAGGAUGGAGUGUAGCACAGUGGGUAAGGAACUGGGCUUGUAACCGAAAGGUUGCAGGUUCGAUUCCCGGGUAAGGACACUGCCGUUCUACCCUUGAGCAAGAUGUUCGCAGAAAUCGCCUGGACUCAACUCAUCUGCCCAAAUUCGCCUGCUCUACUGACUUCCUUAGCGCACCUUACGUUUCGUUCCUAUUUACAGUAUAGCCUAAUUACAUCCCAUUUACCUACUCUUCCUUUAUCACUUCUGUUAUUCAUUGGCAUCUCUUCCUGAGGCUAUGGCGCGCCACAGCAAGUUGCAGAAACAGGUUCUGUCACUGUAUCGGCAGUUCCUUCGUGCUGGGCAGCAUAAGCCCGGUUUUCUGCCACGUGUUCGGGACGAAUUCCGGCAGAAUGCUCGCAUCCCGAAGACCGACGUCAUGCACAUAGAGUACCUCUACCGGCGUGCCCAAAGGCAACUCGACCAGCUGAAAGACGUUAACACCAAACAACUGGGGACCUUUAAAAAGCCCAAGGGCCAAAACUGAGCACUGACUGUUCUUCAGGCACCUUCAUCCAGAUUCAUUUUGUAAAAUUUUAGUUUUUAUUAUUGUUAUUAUAUAAUAUGACCAUUUAUAUUUAAUGUUUUUUUUUUGUUUGUUUGUUUGUUUUUGGUUCUUCAGGGAUUAGAGACAAGAGUUACAGGCCGUUAGGGGUGCGGCCAGGGUGAUAUGUACCCUCUUGCUAUGUUUUCUCUAAAAUGACAAUGGGCAAAGUCCCACAGUUCUUGAAAAUAUUUCCAUCCUGGAAAGUCUUUGAAAAUGACAAUAAAAAGGUGAAAUGUCAUUGACAGGUGUGUGAAACUUUACAGUGAAUAAAAUCCAUGCAUCUUUCUUGAUGA